UACCAGGGCUCUCUAACAACAACAUGUGGUAGUGUUAUUCGAGGAGGACAACGUGACUGGCCUAGUGGGAUCUUCUUAUUUCGUAAACUAAAAUAACAAAAUGGAACAGAAGAAGAAUAUUGACGUUCUUGUAAAAUUCAUUACAAAGCAAAAACAAUAUGCAGUACCGGGUGUUUCUGUGUCUGUACCAGCAGAUGCGAGCAAUGAAGACCUCAAUGAGAUUAUCAAAACAUAUAUAUGUCAAGGUUCAAAGAUUAAAGCUGCAGAUGUUCCCACAUUUGACUUUAUUGUGGAAGGGCAAAUUCUGAGAAGACUGUUGGAUCAGCAUCUUCAAAAGCUUGGAAAAAGUUUUGAGAAUGUUAUAAAUAUUGAAUACUUCGAAAGACUUCCACCACCAACACCUAAAGAGUCUCUUAUCCAUGAUGACUGGGUGUCUUCCGUCCAUACCACUGAGGAAUGGUUAUUAACAGGUUGUUAUGACAACACCUUGCAUAUAUGGGAUGUGAAGAAUUUGGGCAGAGGAAGAAUUAAAGAUGCCCAUAAGCUGAAAAUUCCAGCCCACAAUGCACCUGUCAAAGCAGUGACCUGGUCAAAAACUGACUCAGAUGUUAAAACAUUUAUCAGCACUUCAAUCGACCAGUCAGCAUUUAUAUGGAAGUGGGAUAGCGAAGCAAACACAGUGGAGUGUGUUAGUCGAUGCUGUGGUCAUAGUCAGAGUGUUGAGUGUGUGGCGGUGGACCAACUGAAAGGUCUCUUUGUCACUGGUUCCUGGGAUACUCGACUGAAGGUCUGGGCUGUAGAUGACAAGAAACAAAAUGCAAACAUUCAAAGAGAUAAAGAAGAAGAAGAGGAUGAAAACAAAAAGAGCAAGGGGGACAAAGUUCCAAAAACGACUCCGCUCCUUACCCUGGCUGGUCACUCCGAGACUGUGAGUGGCGUUGUGUGGACGGAUGUGAGUGAGAUUGCCUCAGCAUCUUGGGAUCACACUGUCCGAAUAUGGGAUACGGAUAUUGGAGGCAUAAAGACACAGAUUGCUGGCAAUUGUGCUUUCUUCUGCAUAUCGUGGUCUCCUCUGAAUAAGACACUGAUAACUGGCUGUGCCGACAAUUAUAUAAGACUUUACGACCCCCGUUCAUCUGAGGGAACCCUUUGUCAGCAGAGGUUUGCAUCACAUACCAAGUGGGUUUCAUGUGUCAAGUGGAGUUCAAACAAUCAGUAUACCUUUGUAUCUGGAGGCUAUGACAACACUGUAAAGCAAUGGGAUGCAAGGAGCCCCAAGGCUCCUAUGUAUGACCUGAUCGGUCAUAAGAAAAGGGUGCAGGCAGUGGACUGGUCACACUCAAAAUACAUCAUCAGUGGAUCACAAGACUGUACUGUCAAGGCUUACACAGCAAAAAAUUAGAGACAGAAAAGCAGAAGUGACCAUCUGACUGCUGAUUUUGUGUAAUAAAUAUGAAUUCAUGGAUUCAUAAUAAAAUUGUUGCCCACAACCA